AUGGGAACACGAGUGAAUAAACACACAUCACCGGUUUUCUCACAGUUGGUGCAGAUCUUGGUGACCUGUGUUCCUGAGGAAUCUAGCAAGGCAUUACAACGGACCUUUUUUCGUCGACACUCAUCACAUGCUCUGGAAACCUUGGAACGUUUUCGUGGGGGAACGUCUGCGGAGGUGGAUGUUUCUGAAGAGGUGGUUUGUCCUUGUUCUUGCUGGGAAUCAGACAUCACCACCCCGUUUACGACUGUAGACAUGGAAGAUGCCGAGGAGGAUGAACUCUCAUGGGGAGCCUGGUGUCGGAGUGAAACAGAGGCUUGUGGGGACACAGAACUGGUGGCAUUAUCAGACCCGCUAAGCGAAUUGGAACCGUGGGGACUUUGCGCUUCGGAACGGGGUUCCACGGACGUCAUAUUGGCCUGGACUAAUGUAUGGGUGAAUCGAAAUUAG